AUGCGUCCUCUCGACUACUCAGCAGCUCUUCUCCUUCUGGCGUCCGCAGCCAGCGCUUUCCAAGGGUUCAACUAUGGCGCCACCUUCACUGAUGGACGGGCGAAAACUCAGUCUGACUACGAAGCCGAGUUCAAAACCGCCGCUAGUCUCGAAGGCACCAACGGCGCCUUUACAUCCGCCCGACUCUAUACCAUGAUCCAAAGUGGAAGUGUCAAUGACCCCAUCUCAGCCAUCCCUGCUGCGAUUGCUACGAGAACGUCGUUGUUGCUCGGCCUGUGGGCAUCCGCCGGAGAUGCUUCCUUUGCAAAUGAGAUCGAGGCUUUGAAAAGAACUAUAUCCCAAUAUGGCCACCAGCUUGACGGUCUGAUCGCUGGUAUUUCUAUCGGUAGCGAGGAUCUCUACCGCUUUUCGCCCAUGGGUGUCGCGGCCGGCCAGAACCCUGGUGUUGGUCCGGAAACACUCCUGAAGUAUAUUCAGCAAGUCCGCCAAGUCAUCAAGGACUCGCCGUUGGGUGGUGCUCCACUAGGCCAUGUUGACACAUGGACUGCAUGGGGUAACAACAGCAACGAGGCCGUUGUCCAGGCAUGCGACUGGAUCGGAAUGGACGCAUACCCUUUCUUCGACGACUUUGCUCCCAAUUCGAUUUCUGACAGCAAAGACCGCUGGAACGAUGGUCUCAAGAGAACCCUGGCGAAUGCUGGAAACAAGCCGGUUUGGAUCACCGAAACUGGCUGGCCUGCAAGCGGCAAAACUGUUGGCAAGGCUAUUGCAUCUCCCGAGAACGCUAAGAUAUAUUGGGAUGAGAUCGGAUGCCCGUUGUUCGGAAAGACCAACGUCUGGUGGUAUACCUUCCAAGAUUCCUCUCCAACUACUCCUAACCCGAGCUUUGGUGUCAUUGGCUCUUCGUUAACCAACAAGCCCCUCUGGGAUCUGUCUUGCAAUGCAGCCAACUCGACCUCUUCGUCUUCAUCCCCUUCGGAUCCCGCCACAAGAACCGCCUCAAGCCAUGCUACUGCGCAGACCCAUAUCCAACUUGCCACUUCUGCCCCUAACACGGAAGCUCAGAGCACUGCCAAUGGCAAACCAACUUCUCAGGUAUCUGGUUUCGCUUCUGCCACGGGCAGUAGAAACGCUACCUUGAGCCCGCCAACCUCGACGCCUGUUACUGUCAGCGGCAGCGGCACCACAAUCAACUUCAGCAUUGCGUUCCUUGUUGGAGUGAUUGCUCUGGCAAUCUAA